GUUCUUCUUUACCUCUCUCACCAAGGCUCUUCUCCCACGAUUGCUCAGUUUGGCUGGAUGGCCAGGUCUAGGAAGAGUUCUGGUCAUCCCAUACUUCUUCCAUUUAAGGAUUAUGGAGGCCACUGUGCUCUUAGGAACCUUGAGUGCUGCAGAAAUUCUUUUGUAACCUUGGCCAGAUCUGUGCCUUGCCACAAUUCUGUCUCUGAGCUCCUUGGGCAGUUCCUUCGACCUCAUGAUUCUCAUUUGUUCUGACAUGCACUGUGAGCUGUAAGGUCUUAUAUAGACAGGUGUGUGCCUUUCCUAAUCAAGUCCAAUCAGUUUAAUUAAACACAGCUGGACUCCAAUGAAGGAGCAGAACCAUCUCAAGGAGGAUCAGAAGAAAUGGACAGCAUACGAAUGUCCACCAUGUCCGUCCACCACGCCGUCCCUACGCUUCUCUCCGUCGUCCCGUCUCGGGCUCUGGUGGAUGAGACGUUCAAGGUGCUGGUGCAGAAUCUGCCUCCGGGUUCUCCUGUGACGCUCCACUCCCUCCACCUCUCCGAGGACGAGGACUUCUGGGAGGCCUUCGGACACUACGUCAGCGACCACAGGGGAACCGUGUCCCUUUCAGAGGAUCUCAGUUUUGGAGGAACGUACUCGGGUAAAGAAGCCAUGGGUUUGUUGUGGAGUAUGCGUCCCGUCCCAGGAAGCCGUAAAGGCCUCAGGUUGAGAAAGAUAAACGUCUGCACCCCGCAGCUGGUCCACAUCUCGGCCUACAGCGGACACGUGACGGAGGGCUUCAGGCAGCGAACUCCUCUGGCCUCGGCGAUGACGGAGCGGUGGUACAUCGGUCCAGGAGUCCGGAGGAUCGAGAUCAGAGACAGAGGAGUGCGAGGGACGCUGUUUAUACCUCCAGGUCCAGGACCGUUCCCCGGCCUGUUGGACAUGUGGGGCGGAGGCGGAGGGCUGUUGGAGUACCGAUCCGCUCUGCUGGCGUCUCACGGUUACGCCUCUUUUGCGCUGGAAUAUUUCACCACUGGUGAGCUGAAGACAGCCGACAGAGAGCUCAACUAUUUUGAGACGGCGUUUAAUAUCGUCAGUGAGCAUCCUCAAGUGAUCCCCGACAGAGUUGGAAUUUUUGGUCUCUCCCUCGGCUCCAUUGUGACCAUUAACCUGACAGCCGAGAGCAGCGUUAUCGAGCCUCGUUGUUGUGUUUGCAUCAGCGGCAACCACUUUUAUCCGCACGGAGCGGACCUCAAAGGACUCUAUCUAUUGAUGUUCGCGGAUGCUCACAAGAUUCGUGUGGAUGAGAACAACCAUGAGGUAUGGAGAGAUAUGUGCCUACCGAUCACCGACGAUCCCUUGCGGAAAGUGGACGUUGGGAAAAUAAACUGUCCGAUGUUGUUGGUGAACGGCCUCGAUGAUCAGAACUUGGCCACAGUGGACUGUGCUGAGGACAUGGCCCACAUGAUGCGUGCAGCAGGGAAGGAGCACCUGCUGACCAGACUUGAGUACCCGGGCACUGGACAUCUGAUCGAGCCGCCCUACGCGCCUCACUCCAGAGCCACUUUGUUUAAAAAACUUAACACAAAAGAAAAAGCGAUAUUGGUGUGGGGAGGACAAACCAAACCCCAUUCAGACGCUCAGGAAGACUCCUGGAAAAAGAUCUUGGCUUUUCUGCAGCAGAAUCUUUUCUCCAGCGACACUCCCAGAGCCAAGAUGUGAACGCGUUACGACGGCACACAUCGCUGCAGGAAAACGCAGCCAUGUGGGACGAGGUCACCUUUAUUUAAUCAACACUAUCACAGGUUCCUCACGGCGUUGACAGAAUAAGUUAUUGUUUGAAUGAUCAGGUUAAGGUGUUUUAGUUUAAAGGGAAUAUUUCACCCACAAAUCCACCAUUUUUGUUUCUGUUACUCGCCCCGUGUUACCUUUAAUUCUUUAUUUAACUUCAAUUCAUCAAGACUUUUCUCUGUCUUUUGACUCUCCGUUCACCGUGGAGGCGUGAGAGAAAAACAAUGUUUUCUUCAAGAGUUUAGGGUAACAUGGCUGAGUAACUGAUUUACAAAAGUAUUCCUUUAAGUAUUCACAAACUUUUAACCUUUGACAGUAAAACCAAAGCAAGUUUUCUAGAAAAGAAUUCUAAAAAAGUAAUAUAUAUUAAUAUGAAAAUUAUUAUACUAUUUUUGGUAUUAAAAUUAAAUUUAUUUAAAAAAUAAUCAGCAUUUUACACUGAUUAAAUGAAUCUUUUUAAACGUUUAUGUCUUCUUUUAAUUCAAUUGUAAGUAAUCUACCAUGAAUGUUCUCCUGAACGUAUAUGAUUUUAUGAUUGUGCUGCAUCAAAACAAUUAAACAGGUUCAACUUUGU